AUGGCCAUCGCUCUGUCCCCGGAAAAUAGGACCUUCGUCAAGCGGGUCGGCUUUGAUACAUUCAGCAACAAGGAUGCUACAGACUUUGCCUUGACGCUAAAGUCUAAGCACAAGGACUACAAAUUCGGUAGGGGAUCACGAACGUUUCUCUGUGGAACAGACCAGAACGACUACUCGACUAUUGCACUAGAAUGGCUUCUCGAAGAACUAGUGGAUGACAACGAUGAGAUUGUCUGCCUUCGAGUAAUUGAUAAAGACUCCAAAAUGGCGACUAUAGACAGCUCAACCCAAGAAAAACUUUACCGUCUAGAGGCGGAUAAACUUCUCCAAACAAUCAUAAGCAAGAACGAAGAAGAUAAGGCUCUAUCUAUAGUUCUUGAAUUCUGUGUGGGGAAAGUCCAUGACACUUUCCAACGGAUGAUCAAUUUAUACGAGCCAAUAAUGUUGAUAGUUGGUACACGGGGCCGGUCACUGGGUGGUUUCCAAGGCUUACUUCCGGGGUCGGUUUCCAAAUACUGUCUCCAGCACUCGCCCGUUCCCGUGAUUGUUGUUCGGCCAAACGAAAAAAGAGAGAGAAAAAAGCGGAAACGUCAGGACAAUCCUGCUCGAAGGACGUACAUGGACAUCAUGAGCAAGACACCCCAGCUAUCAACAAUAGAUAUGAUGCACUCCAAUAGCAGCCAUAGCCGGUUAUCCGCCGAUACGACACCGAGCACAACCCCGGCGCCUCGGGAAUCGGCGACAUCCAUUUCAGAGGCAUCUACAAACCUUGCCAGUAAGAAGACUAAUAAAGAUUCAACUGGAGACUAUGCGCUGUCGUUGAGCGAGAAGGUUUCGGGUUUGGAGAUUACAUGCAAGGCCGAAUCGCCAGACACGAGUACAGGCAAUGAGACCUCUCAGGGAAAAAGCUAG